AUGCUUUUAGUCUCAGUGUUGGACGCUGUAAAAAGGUCGAAUGUUGGGUUUGGAAAUAGUUGUAGUUUUGUGAAUGGUGACCAAUCCGCUGAGGCUCGGAGGUGCGGUAUUGUGAAUCCUUGUAAAGUCGCACUUACAGAGAGGACGGAGGAAUUGUUGAGAGGAGGACCGAAGUUUUGUGUAAAUGUAAAACCGUCGAGAGUAGAUGUUUUUUCCGCGAUCCAGACAAUUGCUAGAAAAGUAGGGUUAGACGAAAGGGUUGCUUUUGUGGACUACGCGGUCAGUAGAAAGGAAAGAGUAGUGGAUGAUUCGUAUAAAAAAGACAGGAGGAAUUUUCAGGCCAUCACGGAAGUAAGAAAGGACUUUAAAUCUAGAUCACUGGAAUUGUUACAGACCGAUAAGAGCGGUAUGUUUGCCGUCCUUCCAUUGGCGGUUUUUGAAAAAAAGUCAACAGAGGCAUUGGACUCGGUAUUCAUGGCAUGGCAAGGCAAGUUGGGAAAAUUAAGGAAGGACAUCUCAGCUACACUUAAAGACGAGGGUUUAGAGACCUUAGCCAGGAAAGUCCUGAUUCAGCCGAGAAGUACUUUAAGUUUAAAAUUCUUCUUAAAGGACCACAAGCCGGAAAUGCCGUUCCGCACGGUUAUUAAUGAGAACGGAACGUGGCAAAGCAUGGUUUCGAAGUUUCUUCAAAAAGGUUUAGACUUCGCUAGAUUGGAAAACAGUCUUUCGUUAAGAAACUCAGACGAUUUUGUUCAGAUUUUAGAUGCUCACCAUGGGAGGCAAUGCUCGUUGAUCUCGAUGGACAUUAACGAUCUGUACUAUUCUCUUGAAAAACAGCUGUUGAUGAGUAGGGUUAGAGAGGCUUUGGAGCGUAAUUUGGUAAAAUUUCAACCAGGUACGGGGAUUCCGGUAGAUAGUUUUUUAGCGAUCCUGGAUCUUUAUCUUAAAGCCACGGUAGUGGAGUUCAAGGAACGCAUGUGGAUUCAAAAGAAGGGUGUGUGUAUUGGGUCUGCGGUGGCACCUAUUUUGGCAGAAAUUUAUUUAAACUCUUUGGACAACGCGAUCUCGGAAAGGCUGGCAGUUUGGGGGUCGGGUGAAGUUUUAGUGAGAAGGUAUGUUGAUGACAUUGUGGUCAUGAGCUUUCAUGGGAAGGAUACGGGAGCAAUAGAGAGUCUGGUGAGAGCCUCAGCACCGGAACUUACCUUUACUGUUGAAGAGCCAGACAGAGGAGUUUUGCAGUUUUUGGAUUUACGUAUUCACGUAAUGACCAAUUCAAAUUGGUCAUUACAGACACGUCAUACCAUGAUUUAUUUUAUGGCUCAACUAAAUGGGGGGGGGGGGGACAAUGAGGAUCACGCUGUCAACAAGCGCACUAGUUUGCUUCAUGAAGUUCCUAACAAUGAAAACCAAAAAAACGUUCAAAACGAGAGACCAAAAAAUAAGAACAGUUUGUAA